AUGUCCGUCUAUACUCCCACACUUCUUCCACGACCUCCGGUCUUCCCAACUCUCCUUCCGCGUCCACCCCAACCGCAUCCGGUGCCAUUCCCUCGACGUGGUACCGAGGACUGGCGACUGAACCUUCGACGCGAUCUUGUGCGGGACAUGGAGGACCUGAGUGACGAGGAAGCAGAGCUUGAGGACAUCACGAACGACGUGAAGAUCCGCGGGUACGGGUUCAUCGUGCCCAUCGGAAGGACGUAUACACAACACGAGGAGAAGAACGAUGCCGACGAGUCUGAAGAGGAUUCGGACCAAGCCGCGGCUUCACCAGUAGCCACGGACGAACCCAGUGAGACAGAAGAGGCAGAGGAAGAAGAGGAAGAAGAAGGCGCAGACCUUGACGCGGAGAUGGAAGAUCUCGACGAGCAACCGAGUUUCGGAGCAGCCUCUGACGGGGAGGAUCUCAUGCCGGCCAGUAUUGAAGAUAGUGAUUAA